AUGGAGAAAGCUAUUUCAGAAGUCCUCCCAGACACAUUUCAUAGAUAUUGUAGCUGGCAUAUCUUGAGAAAGUUUUCUGAGAAGCUUGAUGCAAUCAAAUACAGAGAUCACUAUGAGGCCUUUAGAAAGUGCAUAUACUCAUCUGAGAAUGAAGAGGAGUUUGAAUUCAAGUGGAGAUCAGUUCUUGCAGAGAGUGGAUUAAAGUUCAUGGUUCGGUUCAAUAGGGGUAUGUUACAUAAACGACGUGAGGAGUUGAUUGCAGAUCAUAUUGACGUCAACGAGAAGCCUAGAUUUAAGUGUCCCAUUAAGAUGGAAAAGCAAAUGUCUGAUAUUUAUACACGGAAGUACUAUUAUAAAUUUCAAGAUCAGUUGUGGGAAAGCUACAACUACAAUCAAGAGGUCAGAUCGGAGGAUGAAAAUAAGUGCAUACUUAAGGUAACGCGUGAGGAUCAUGAAGAUGGAAGAGCUCGGGUCAUCAUGUAUGAUAAAUCAAAAGAUUUUGCUUCGUGUACUUGCAAAUUGUUUGAGAGUGCAGGAGUUCCAUGUAGACAUGUUUUGGCAUACUUGCACAGAAUACAUCAACUGCAUAAAUUGCCAGAUCAGUACAUUUUGAAGAGAUGGACAAAGUCUGCAAAAUCUGAGGUUGUGAUGGACAAGAGUGGCAUGGAGAUCACUGUUAACAAGUCCUUACUUGAAAAACGUGGUCUACUGCUUUAG